CGACAUGCACCGCAAAUUCGUGGUGCAGCUGUUCGCCGAGGAGUGGGGCCAGUACGUGGACUUGCCCAAGGGCUUCGCGGUGAGCGAGCGCUGCAAGUUGCGCCUCGUGCCGCUGCAGAUCCAGCUCACUACCCUGGGAAAUCUUACACCUUCAAGCACUGUGUUUUUCUGCUGUGAUAUGCAGGAAAGGUUCAGACCAGCCAUCAAGUAUUUUGGGGACAUUAUUAGCGUGGGACAAAGAUUGUUGCAAGGGGCCCGAAUCUUAGGAAUUCCAGUUAUUGUAACAGAACAGUACCCAAAAGGUCUUGGAAGUACUGUUCAAGAAAUUGAUUUAACAGGUGUUAAGCUGGUACUUCCAAAGACCAAGUUUUCAAUGGUAUUACCAGAAGUAGAAGCAGCAUUAGCAGAGAUUCCUGGAGUCAGGAGUGUUGUAUUAUUUGGAGUAGAAACUCAUGUGUGCAUCCAGCAAACUGCUCUGGAGUUAGUUGGCCGAGGAGUUGAGGUUCAUAUUGUUGCUGAUGCCACCUCAUCGAGAAGCAUGAUGGACAGGAUGUUUGCUCUUGAGCGUCUUGCUCGAACUGGAAUCAUAGUGACCACGAGUGAGGCUAUUCUGCUUCAGCUGGUAGCUGAUAAAGACCAUCCAAAAUUCAAGGAGAUUCAGAAUCUAAUUAAGGCAAGUGCUCCAGAGUCAGGUCUGCUUUCCAAAGUAUAGGACACUUGAAAGACUGGUAUGCUACUCAUCGUCGGGUGACAGGACUGUAAGCCCACACAUGCUCUUUUCUCUACUAGAAUUAAAAUGUUAAGUCUAAAAUGGCUCCCUUUUUGCACCUCUUAGUGAAACUUAACUGGCUAGACUAUUUGGGUACCAGCAUUUAGUUAUAAAUUCAAAGGCUUCAGGUGCUGCUUACCUUUUUUUGUUAAUAUGCUUUUAUUUAUUAAAAAAAAUUAUAAUGAAGGUGCCUGUUUUGACUAUACUGUAUACACUGAUCAUAACUUUCAAAAGUGUACACUCUUGUGAAGUUUUCUUAAAUUGUGUACUUUAACGGAAAAAAAGUACCAAUAAUGAUUUGACUUUUAUAUUAUUGUAAGAUGUAUGUUAUAAUGUUAAUGUGGAUUUAGUACUUUUACUUUACAGGUUGAUUGAAAUAAGAUUAUUAUAUGUGAAUUUAAACACAGGUCUCUGGAUCAUAUUGCCCACUCUCCUAACAAUGUUGUCUACUUAUUGAGUGAGUUGCAUUGAUCUGUCCAUAUCAAAUUAUGUUGAAUAAUCACAUACCUUUCUUGAUUAUACUGAUUGUCUUAUUCUGGUCACUAUCACUAAUUCUUUGUUAAUGUUCUCUUUUUUAACUGAAUCUUUUGCCUAGAAAGACUCAUUGGGUUAUUGUUUAUUUUAAUUUUGUAGGUGGGUGUAAGGAUUUGCAAUGCCAUAUAAUUGGUGGAGAGCUAUAUUAACAUCUUUGAAACAUGAUUUUAGCUGGAUAUCUUUAUAUAUCUUGAAUAUAUCUGCUAGUAUGAACAAGAUUUAGCAAAAAGAUGGAGGCUGGGUAAAAUGUAGUUUUAAAAUGUCUGUAUGCUGUUUCAUGUUUUCUACAUGUACCCUCCAAAUAUUAAUAAUGCAAAAGGCAUCAGUAAUAUUUUGGUAGUAUUAAUUUUGUGGACAUUGUUACCCUUCAAUAAAUGUAUUUUCAUUAAAUACUUACUAGAAGAUUUUAAAACUUGUUUUCAAACAUUAUGUGAAAUGUAGAAUAUUGAAUAUUGCCUUUAUAUUAAAGUAAUUAAAGAAAA